AUGGAAAUUGGACGGCCGAUUCGGCAAGUCUCCCUAGAAGAAUGCCCCCAUUUUGAUGAUGAGCUCCGUCCAAAGUGGAAUUCAAAAACCGCUGGCAGAUUAAUAGACUACUUGAACGGAAUUGUUACAUGCGGUUGCCUGUGUCCAAAGCACCUACCACAUUCUCAGGUAGUGCUUUCUCAGCUGUUAUCUACACUGGAGCUUCAGUUACGAUUGGAACGAGGCCACUGUUCUGAUUCUUCAUCCACAGUGAUACCCAUCAUCUUAUGUGCCCUGAGACAGUUGAAGAUUAUCCGACGUUGUCAACUGUGUGCCAAUUCGGUUCCACUCCAACGCAUACAUGCGAACGAUCCUCAGAGUCGGCAACAUUCCAUCGAUAAUGCAAUGAACAACGAACAGCUUACCGGCGCCACUGACGUCAGCUUCGUUUCUGUGUCCCGCUGUCAAGCAUCUUCAUGCCGCGCUCCAAGUCGCGGAUUACCAAUCAAUAAGGCGGCAUGCUGUCGAUGGUGGCUACGAUUACAUCGAGAUUGGAAUGUGGCGGGGAAGAUUCCCGUUCACGACGGAGAUCUGAAGCACCUGAACCUCGCUGAUGAUGAUUGUAGCCCCAAGACCAAUGUUCAACAAUUUUCGAUAAAAACCAAUGAUAAAACGGGAGACAGGAAGAACGAUUCGGGGACGGAGCAACGGAACACGUCAACCACCGCAUCACAAACCCCAAGGAGUGCCAACCCCGUGUUCGGUAGAUGUCUGGGCAACUCAUACACCUUACUUCUGAUUCCCGAUGAGAACCUCUUAGCCCAUCCCACUGACCCAUCACCAGCGCCAUCUUCUGAACAGUCUCAGGUCUGGGGGUUAACUGAAGCACCACCUUCCGACAAAAUGGAUUCCAAAAUAGCAAAUAAUCACUCAUCGUUUCUGAAGCCUUCAGAUGUGUUUCCAUCUUCCCGACGACCAACAAACCCAUCACAACACGUCAUAAACACUCUUGACUUCCUCAGCUCCAUCUCCCCAAAGAUGAGCGUCAUUCCUCCCCCAAAUCGAUAUCCGUUUUCCAAGAACGAACAGUCCAGUUUGAAUUAGACAAAUUCCUCAUCUGUGAUCCUUCUCUGUUGCUUAUACGUCUUCCCAUUGUUUGCCUGCUGCUCGACCAGCCUGCACUUUCCGGUUCAAAUAUUGUACCGUACUAAUUUCG